CUAUAGGCCAGUGUGUCUUUUUUAAAUUUAUGUGACCUUGGGGCUAUUGUUUUGGAAUUUUACUAUACCCGCGUGUUUACUGAGCUUUCACCUCUUGUGAGACUCCAGGUCCGUUCGCUGACUUGUUUCCAAUGUGUUUGAUCGAUUGCUGCGUAUGUAUAUUGUUGAAGUGACUACCAGCUUAAUAAAUGGCUAAUAAAAAAUGCAUGCCAUUGAUAACUACUUAUAAGUCGGAUGAUUCCUCUCUGGAUGAUGACGAUGAUUAUUUACUGAAUGGUGGUUACAGAAAGAAUAAUUCCAAGGAUGUAAUUGAUGAAGAUGAUCAACCAUUGUCUAAUUUUCGUCAUCUACAAUCAUCGCAACGUAAUUUUUUUGAAAAUAUGAUCAAUGUACCAUCCUCUGAUGAUAAUAAUAAUAAUAAUGAGGGCAAACAACCUAUCUCAUCAUUAUGUGAAGAAGAUUCAGUCUUACCGAAUUUAUCCGAUUCAGAUGAUUCUGCCUCGUUGUCAUGUAGUUCUGAUGAAGAAUUCAAGGAGUUAGUAGAUGAAUUUUCAUCGUUACCUGUAACUGAACUUUUAAAAUCCAAGAAGUUUGCCAUGAUAUGUAGUGAGAAAAAGCGUGAAAAAAGCAAAUCAUCUGAAAUGAUGAAUACAGGUUAUUCACAGUUUUUUCAUGAAAUUCAGUCUACUGUAAAAUCUGAACAUCCAAUGAUUAAUUUCUAUGAUCUAUGUCGAUUAAUCAAUGAACGUUGGAGUCAAUUACCAAAGAAUGCAAAGAAGGAAUACAAAAAACGGGCUUUGGUGGCAGUCCGGUCCCAGCAACUAACGAACUUUACGGAAUAUCGUUCGAAACUUUUGAGUUUAAUAAGCGAAAAUAACAAAAUUUGCUGUAAUCCUUCCUGUCAAAAUCCAGUUAUCUACGAUCCUCGAUGGAAUGGUCAAUAUUGUUCAACAGAAUGUGUUGGAGAACACUGUCGGUUAGCAUUUAAUGACUGGUGUAAAAAUAAGCCGUCUGAUCAAAAAGUGAUGCCUUCUGUGAAUAUGGACGUAAAGUACAAUUCUCAGGUUUUAUGUGAUCCGGUUAAAACUGUUCAAAAUAUUCCAGUUCAAUCAUCACUCGACAAAAUGAAUGUUAACGAUUCAAAAUCCUCUUGUAACGAUAGUAAUGAUAAUAAUAAUAAUAAUAAUAAGAUUACUACGAGCACUACCAUAACUACCUCUUUUAAUACUACCAUGACCAAUAUUAGUAAUUCAAAUAAUUCAUCUGAUUGCCUUUCAAUUAGUUUAAAAAGAAAACCUCUAUUCGAGUCAUUGAGAGCUACACAAUUUAACAAUAAGCCAAUUUUAAGUAAAACAGCUUCAACAACUAAUACAACAGCAUUGUUGACGCCAUCGAAUCAAACUUCAUCAUCGUCAACUUCUGGACCGUCAGUAGAUCAUCUUACUCUGGCGGCUUUGUGAUAUAUUUCUUCUAAGCUAUUUCAACUACUUGAUGUUGUAAUUUAAUUUGUUAACUUUCUUUUUCUUCGCUGGCGGCAUGUACACCAACAAAACACUUUCGAUUAGUGAGAUGCAUUUUUUUCUAUUAGUAUUAUUGAAAGAAAAACAAUAAUCACAACUAGUUACGGUAUUCUUUGUGUGCUUUUUUCUCUGUGAAUUCUGAUUGACAACUGCUUUCCUCUUUCUAAUUUGUUUGUUAUUUGUGCUGUUGUUGUUGUAUACAGGUAAAAGAAAAGUUUAAAAAAUAAAACGCCUUGGAGAGU